CACAUGCAUAUAGGGAAGCUCCGCAGCUAAAAGGGGUCAAGAACAGCAGUUCAAACAGGAAAGAAAAAGAGAGAGACAGAGGAGGCUGGAGGCGCACUGGAUCCAGCUGCAGUGGAGGAGCUGGACUCAAAGCCCCGAGGGAGGCAGAGCAGAAACCUCCUGAGGUCCCACAGAUCUGGAACUUAGAGCAAGACUCGUUCCAUUGUCCCAGGACUCCAGACGACUUUUAGCAGAAAGGCUGUCAGGGCACACCAUGCAUCAUAAUAGCAGGCUGCCAAAAGGGAGCCUAGAAAAUAGAGGUGCCCUGAUGCAUCAUAUUGGCACAGAUAAAAGGAAAAUCGACAUUAUUGGCAAUCAGCUUUUUGAGGCUGAUGUGGCCGAUAAUUUCGCAGCUCAACAGCGUGGCAAGCAGCAUCCAGCUGUACAGUGCUCCUCUACUUUUGCAGAAAACCCCUGGACCAGGAGUCAGUCCAGCUUCUUCCACUCCGGAGUCCUGUCCUACAGUGCCCCACAUGAGUUCUAGUGCUGCCUUUGGUUGGCGCUCACGGAAUGACCGGACUGUGCACAAGCCCAUUACUGGAGGACUGCUUCCCUCCAAGUCCAUUAUGAUCAGCGGUGAAGUUCUUUCCAACAGCAACAGGUUCCACGUUAACUUGAAGUCCGGCAAUGACAUUGCAUUGCACCUGAACCCAAGGUUUGAUGAGAACGUCAUUGUCCGAAACUCAUUUGUGCAUCAGACCUGGGGGACGGAGGAGCGUGAUAUGCCGGGCACAAUGCCACUUGCACGGGGACAGAACUUCACUAUUCGGAUUUCAUGUCAAGAUCAUUGCUUCAAGGUGGCUGUGAAUGAGCAAGAUCAGUUUGAGUAUAAGCAUCGUGUUCAAAACCUGCAGCAGAUUGACACUCUGGAAAUUACAGGUGACGUUACCGUGACCGAUGUCCAAAUCUGAAGUUUACAGGGCAGUAAACUGUGAGCUUCUCCUUGCCUCCUACAAUGAGCAAAGUCAGCUGCUUGCCUUCUACAAUGAGCCACAGGCUACAGAAUUUACCAGAUCAUAUGUAAUCAAGUAGAUCUCCCUUGUACAAAAGGCUUUGGCAAAUGUUACCAACCGAUUUUCUUCGCAUUUUAUUAAUAUUAUAAAAUACAAAAACUUGUAUUUUUUGCCCUAUUUGAUUAUGGGACCUUCCCUUCUGUUCAGAAAGGACUGGUAAUUUUAAGCUUUUUACUAUA